AUGGACGUGUAUGCCCCGCACCGGCUGGGGCUACUCCGCGGGCGGUUCCCCGGCGGCCCCGGCCGCGGGUCGCCCUCCGUCAGCUGCAGCCGACUCCGCCAGGUUCAGAGCAUCUUGACCCAGAGCAGCAAGUCUCAACCCGAUGGGAUCCUCUGCAUCCUAGGAAUCGAUAGCAGGUACAAUGAAGGCUGCAGAGAGCUGGCAAAUUAUCUUCUGUUUGGUUUGUACAAUCAGAAUGCAAGUGAUUUUGAGAAAACAGGGUUUUCUGAAGAAGUUCUAGAUGAUGUAAUUAUAUUGGUAAAAUCAGAUAGUGUCCAUCUGUACUGUAAUCCUGUAAACUAUCGCUAUCUCUUACCCUAUGUGGCACAUUGGAGAAAUCUGCAUUUCCAUUGCAUGACCGAAAAUGAGUAUGAAGAUGAGGAAGCUGCAGAAGAAUUUAAAAUUGCCAGCUUUGUGGACAUGGUUCGAGACUGUAGUAGAAUUGGCAUUCCUUACAGCUCCCAAGGUCACUUGCAGAUAUUUGAUAUGUUUGUAGUAGAGAAGUGGCCAAUUGUACAGGCCUUUGCACUUGAGGGCAUUGGAGGGGAUGGAUUUUUUACCAUGAAAUAUGAGCUGCAGGAUGUGAGUUUGAAUCUAUGGAAUGUCUACAGCAAGAUGGAUCCUAUGUCUCUGGAGAGUUUGCUUUCAGAAGAUUUGGUGGCUUUUGAACAUCAGUGGACUAGCUUCUUUGCUAAUUUUGAUACAGAAAUUCCUUUCCUGCUGGAACUUUCUGAAUCUCAAGCGGGUGAGCCAUUCAGAAGUUACUUCAGUCAUGGAAUGAUCUCCAGCCAUAUAACUGAAAACAGCCCUAAUAGGCAGCCAUUCGUUCUCUUUGGUAAUCACUCCACACGAGAAAACCUGAAUGCUGGCAACUUUAACUUCCCUUCUGAAGGGCACCUGGUACGCAGCACUGGUCCCAGUGGGAGCUUUGCCAAACACAUGGUAGUACAGUGCGUCUCACCGAAGGGGCCCCUUGCCUGUUCAAGAACAUACUUUUUUGGAGCUACCCACGUUCCUUACUUGGGUGAUGAGAGUAAGCUGCCCAAGAAAACUGAACAAAUUAGGCUCUUGUCCCAGGUGUAUGCUGCUGUUAUUGAGGCUGUUUUGGCUGGCAUUGCAUGUUAUGCUAAAACUUCCAGUCUAACAAAGGCCAAGGAGGUAGCUGAGCAGACCCUGGGAUCCGGGUUAGAUUCCUUUGAUUUGACACAGUUUAAGGCAGGCCUACGCUCCAAGAUGACUUUUCAUAUACAUGCUGUGAAUAAUCACGGAAGGAUUGUGCCUCUGGACAGUGAAGAUAGCUUAUAUUUCGUGAAGACGGCUUGUAUGACUGUCUAUGACAUUCCUGACUUGCUGGGAGGAAGGGGGUGCUUAGGGUCUGUGGUCUUCUCAGAAUCCUUUUUGACAUCUCAGAUCUUGGUUAAAGAAAAGGAUGGCACUGUUACCACAGAAACCAGCUCCAUAGUCCUGACAGCCGCCAUACCCAGAUUCUGCUCCUGGCUGGUAGAAGAUAAUGAAGUAAAAUUGUCUGAGAAAACUCAACAAGCAGUUAAGGGGGAUGCCUGUUUCCUGGGCACUUUUCUAACAGGAGGAGAAGGAGCAUAUCUUUAUUCCAGCAACCCACACUCCUGGCCUGAGGAAGGGAAAGUGCAUUUCUUCUCUAGUGGUCUUCUGUUUUCUCACCGUCAUCACGGAAGUAUCAUCCUUUCCAAGGAUCACAUGAAUUCCAUUUUAUUCUAUGAUGGGGAUUCCACCAGUGUUGUUGCUGCCCUUCUGAUUGAGUUCAAAAGUUCUCUGCUUCCUCAUCUCCCAGUUCAUUUCCAUGGAUCAAGCAAUUUUCUGAUGAUUGCCCUUUUCCCCAGAUCAAAGAUAUACCAAGCAUUUUACUCAGAGGUCUUCUCCCCCUGGCAACAGCAGGCUAACUCAGGGCUGUCUUUAAAAGUGAUCCAGGAAGAUGGAUUAUCUGUGGAACAAAAGAGAUUACACUCCAGUGCGCAGAAGCUCUUCAGUGUCCUGAGCCAUUCUGCUGGGGAGAAACGGAGCCCUCUAAAGCUACUCCCAGCCAAACUCCCAGAGCUGGACUGGUUUCUUCAGCAUUUUGCCAUCAGCAGCAUUAGUCGAGAGCCUGUGAUGAGGACCCAUCUCCCAGUCCUGCUACAGCAAGCUGAAAUCAACCCUUCUCACCGAGUAGAAAAUGACAAGGUAACUAUCAGCAUUGUAACUGGCCUCCCAGGCUGUCAUGCUAGCGAGCUCUGUGCUUUCCUGGUCACUCUGCAUAAGGAAUAUGGCAGGUGGAUGGUAUACCGCCAAAUCAUGGACAGCUCCGAAUGUUUUCAUGCUGCCCACUUCCAGAGAUACCUUUCCAGUGUCCUGGAGGCCCAGAAGAACCGCUCUGCCCGCCAGUCAGCCUACAUCCGCAAGAAGAUUCGACUGCUAGUGGUGUUGCAAGGCUACACAGAUGUCAUUGAUGUUGUCCAGGCCCUGCAGACCCAUCCAGACUCAAAUGUCAAGUCCUCCUUCACCAUUGGUGCCAUCACGGUGUGUGUGGAGCCCCUGAGCUGCUACAUGGACCACAGAUUUCUCUUUCCUAAAUGUCUUGACCAGUGUUCACAAGGCCUGGUGAGUAAUGUGGUAUUCACCAGUCACACCACGGAGCAGAGGCACCCUCUCCUUGUCCAGCUGCAGACCCUCAUCAGGGCUGCCAAUCCUACUGCAGCCUUCAUUCUUGCAGAAAAUGGGAUUGUCACCAGGAAUGAAGACAUUGAGCUGAUUCUCUCAGAAAAUAGUUUUUCAAGUCCUCAGAUGCUGCGAUCUCGAUAUUUAAUGUACCCCGGCUGGUAUGAAGGUAAAUUUGAUGCUGGAUCAGUUCCACUAAUGGUUCAGAUCUGCGUAUGGUUUGGUCGUCCUUUGGAGAAGACUCGUUUUGUGGCCAAGUGUAAAGCAAUUCAGUCUUCCAUCAAGCCAAGUCCCUUCUCUGGAAACAUCUACCACAUCCUGGGCAAAGUGAAGUUUUCAGACUCUGAGAGGACCAUGGAGGUCUGCCACAACACUCUGGCCAAUUCCUUGAGCAUCGUCCCAGUUUUAGAAGGACCCUCGCCACCACCCGAUUCCCGAAGCACACCUCAGGACAGCAACGGGCAGCAGGAGAGCUACCUCGUGUUCAUUGGCUGCUCCCUGAAGGAAGAAAGCAUCAAGGACUGGCUGCGGCAGUCAGCUAAGCAGAAGCCUCAGAGGAAAGCCCUGAAGACCAGGGGGAUGCUGACCCAGCAGGAGAUCAGGAACAUCCAUGUGAAACGCCACCUGGACCCCCUGCCUGCAGGCUACUUUUACAAUGGCACCCAGUUUGUCAACUUCUUUGGUGACAAGACUGAUUUUCACCCACUCAUGGACCAGUUCAUGAAUGACUACGUGGAAGAAGCCAACCGGGAAAUCGAGAAGUAUAACCGGGAGCUGGAGCAGCAGGAGUAUCACGACCUCUUUGAGCAGAGGCCCUAGGGGAAGGCUGUGCCGUGCAUCCUGCAGAACGUCCACCCUGGAGGUGGAUGUUUAGAAAUGGGGUUACUUAACCUCAGCUCUCCCAGAGGCCCCUCCCUAAAGGGGCUGUCUUUGUUCUCCUUGGCCUUUGUGUGCUGGCUUGAGUGCAUGUUGUCUUUAUUCUCUAUACAGCGCUGAAGAGCAUCACCUGCACCACUAAUGGGGGGGAGGGGGGUACUCGUGGAGCAAGAGCCGAUAGGGACUGCCCUGCCCUGUGUGUGGGGCUGGCAGUGCAAAACCUCUGGGUCUUUGGUAACAGUAUCUCCUAUGGGCUGCUGAGACACUGUGACAGUGGGGAGAAGCAUUUGGGUUACACAAAGGAGCUGUUGGGAUGCAGAAGGAACCCUGGCUGCCCAAACUGUGGCCGUGCCUGGGGGCCAAGCCACCGCAGGCCUCACACACUGCCCCAGGAGAGCCUGUCCCCAGUGGAGUGCCUGCCUUUCUGUUUAGGCCACUUGCAUUGAAGGAGCUGGCCCUGUUGGCCCUGGGCCCAGUCCUGGAGGGAGCAGCUCAAGCUCUGCUCAAGCUCAGCCCACUGAGCCAGCAGCUUGGGCUGAGAUCAACAGUCUGUUCUAAGAUAAGGGGAUGUCCCUUACAGACUAAACUGAGGGGAAAGGCGUGUUGCUUUCCAGAAGCAUGUGGCUUUUGAAUUCGCAAGCAGUUUCCCUGGAGGUCGGUGCUCAGCUCCCCUCGUGGUAUCCCUCUACUUUGCCUCAUUCGGGGGCAAGAGCAAACCUGCUGCUUCAGCCUCCCUGCUGAUGCUUUGCCUCACUUUUGAGGAGAGCAUCCUGCAUGCAACUGCUUUGUCUUAGCCCCAGAGCUAUGAUCAUUUAUGGGGCAUCCCCGAAGGGGGCUCACUCUCCAGACCUAGCCCUCUCCUCGGCCAUGCCAGGGAAGGCCUGGUUUUCAGCCACAAACUUCAGGAAACUUAUGUCCCCAAGCAUUGUUGCUGGCCCUGGACUUGCUUGGUUCCUGAGGACCAGGAGUUUCAAAGAGUUCCAAUAUCCAACUUAGAACUUCUUCCGGUGGCUUUGUUUUCAGCUGGACCACAAAGCAGAGGGGUAUUACAAAUGCAUCCCAUGCCUAACUUCCAGAAUUAGUAUGUGGGAGGGGGGCGGUCACAGGCACUGAUGUUUGGGUGAUGUCUUUUAGGACUUCAGCGCCUCAGCUGCCUAGAUUGUAAAUGCUUUCUGAAUUUCACUUUUUUUUUUUUUUUUUUGCAUGCCUUAGGAA